AGCAGAAACUGCUUAGCGAGUAAUGACCCGUUUCGGGGCGGGGCAUCCUUAACUCCUCCCCUCCCUCCGCCGCCUCGGCGCCCCACAGACCAGCAAAAGCCCCUGCCCUACCUGACCUCCCCCGACGCGCGAGCGCCCCCCCUCCAUGGCGAGGCGGCGCAGCUGCUGAUGCCUCGCGGCGUCGGAUCGGGCGCGGCGGCCACGAACCCUAGCGGCGUGCGGAGGCGCUCGCCGAUCCCCCGACGCCCCAAUCCGCCGGCGCGGCUCCUCGGAUCCUCCCCGCGAGAUUCGGGCCUCGCCCCGUCUCGUGCUGCCGAGGUGAGGUUCUGGCCUUCUGGGUGCGGUGAGGGGGAUCUGCACCCGUUUGUGUGUCUUCCCAACUGCCCAGCCCACCAUACUCCAGCAGCGACUCAGUCGACUGCCCAAGUGCCGACCCCCCAAGGUAGCGUGCGUGCGUCGCCUCGGUACCGUGCGUGCGUGCGCUGUGACGCUAACCCUAUCUAGGAGACGGAGCGGCGGGCGAGUGACCACCGCCGGUAAGGCGGUAAAGGAAAGAGGAUAGCGGCCUGCAACAAGAGAACACCCUACUCAGCCGGCUUCUAGGUGCAAGGAUAGGCAACCUGUGCUCCAACAAUCUGUUGAUCAGUCUUUCGGUUGCGGAAUAAAGUAGAGCUUUAAGAAGUUUGAUAAUUGGUAUCUUUUCAAGAAUACAUUGAAGUGCAAGAUGCCAAAAAUAAAGAAUCUCUCGAAUGCGUGUAAAGUAUCAUUCUCUCCAGACGGACCCAUAUCUGAAGAGGCACUUGAGAGAGUCCGUGCACUGUUAGAGGAGAUAAGGCCUUUAGAUGUUGGCCUAGAUAAUGAAGCACAAAUUGCACGCAAUUGGAAUAGUUCAACACGCUCAUCAAAUGGGAGACGAGGACGUAAUGGGGCUAACCAGUUCGCCACUCCAAUCAAAUAUUUGCACAUUCAUGAAUGUGAAAGUUUCUCUAUGGGUAUAUUUUGUAUGCCACCUUCUUCAGUUAUUCCACUUCAUAAUCAUCCUGGAAUGACUGUACUUAGCAAGCUUCUUUAUGGAAGAUUGCAUGCUGAAUCUUAUGAUUGGAUUGAUGUACCUGAUCAUCCAAUUGAUCAAUUACAAGCAAGACCAGCAAAGCUUGUCAGAGAUCGUGAAAUGACUGCACCAGAGACGAGCAUUCUUUACCCUAAUAGAGGGGGUAACAUCCAUACUUUCAGAGCCAUCACACCUUGUGCUCUCUUCGAUGUCCUUUCUCCACCAUACUCUGCUGAGGACGGGCGGCAUUGUUCUUACUUCCGGAAGUCUCUAGUGAAUCAACCACCUGUUGUUUUGCCUGCUGAGAUAGAUAGCUCACAAGUUGUCUGGUUGGAGGAGUUGGAGGACCAUCAGCCCCCCGAUGGCUUUGUUGUUGCGAGAGGUCUGUACAAAGGCCCUGUAAUAAGGAUAUAAUUUGGUUGGAGCAUGGUAUCCAGCGAACUACGGAUCAGCUGAAAGAGGAUGCAGGCUUGUAGCAUCUAUUUCAUCUAGUAUCGCAAACAUCAAUGGUCACUGUGCAGUCCAUGGUUUACUUUGUACAUGUUAAAGUGAUCUAUGAUAAUUUAACAGCAACUUUACAGAACAAGAAUGGAAGUUUAUGGUUUGACCACCACUUUAAUUAUGUGUCGUGCUGCUGGAGUAUCUCUGACCUAGCUAUGGAGCUGUUAUCAGAUCAAGACCUUGGCGUACAUACUUUUGAGCUUAGUCUAGCAUAACAACUGUCAUGCUCUUCUAAGGGAAUCACUGGAACAAGCUUUUUCACUUGGGGGGGCUUACAUUGUAAUAGCAUAUUUAGUAGUUUCGGGGAUGUCUAUACAGUAAGGGGAAAAAUUGUCACACGAGUUGUGUCCUUUCCCCCCUUUUGUGUUCCAUUUUCGAACGUUGACAGGAAUGUAACCGAACGCAUGUUGUCCGUUAUGCAGCCCCCAAGUCAUCACAUUGCCUUUUCUCCUCGUUA